GGGGAGGGUGAGAGACGUAGAGAAACAGAAAGAGAGAGAGGGAGAGAGAGAGAGAGCUCUGUUUCUAUUGUGCCUCAGUCUGAAACAUGUCCCGCCGGCAGAGCAGAUCGAGUGUGUGAGGGGCGCACUAUAGUGGUGUGUGUAGAGGUAGAGGUGUGGAGGUGGAGGUGUGUGUAGGUCGUAUCGGUGGCAGCAUGCAGAAGGUCCCGGAGGAGUGGAGGGAGAGGGAGCAGGACAGGGAGAUGGAGCAAGUGGUCCGGACGGAGCAGGAGCAGGACAGGGAGACCCUGAUGAUGGAGCUGACCCGGCUGGUGCAGAAGGCUGUGCGGGACAGCAGCUGGUGGGAGAGGAGGGGCAUCGACUGCAGCAUUCUGGCCAUGGCCUUUAUUAGCCUGCCUGCAGCUUUUCUGCUGUUGGGAUCCUCUCAGGUAGCAUGUUUUGUGCUGGGUUUGCUGGUGAUGGGCGUGGCUCAUGCUGUAAUAACGGUGAAGGGAACACACCUGGCCAGUCACGGAGCUCUGAGUGAGUCGGCAGCCUGGCAGAGGUUCUGGGCUGUCUUCUUUAUUGAGGUGUGUGGGUCGUUCACAGCGAGGGCGGGGGUAAAGGCUCAUGUGAAGAUGCAUCACGCCCACACUAAUGUCAUUGGUCUGGGAGACUCCAGCACCUGGAAAGUACCCUUUCUGCCCCGCAGUGUGUACCUGUUUAUUGCCCCGCUUGCUGUACCCAUCAUCACACCUGUAGUUGCCAUGGGUCAGCUGAAGGGGCAGCCUCUGUGGGCAGUUGUGCGUACAGUAGUGUGUGUGUGUGUGGGUGUGUAUUCUCAGUAUGUGCUGCUGCGGAGUGUAUCCGGACUGGACUGUGGUCCGGCUCUGCUGGUGAUGCUGCUAACCCGAGCCAUGUUCUCCCUACCAUACAUCCACGUCAACAUCUUCCAGCACAUUGGGUUGCCGAUGUUUUCUCCGUCUCGGAGGCCUAAACGUAUUUAUCAGAUGACCCACGGAGUCCUGAACUUGCCCCGGAACCCCCUGCUGGACUGGACGUUCGGACACUCGCUCAUCAACUGCCACGUAGAACACCACCUCUUCCCCUCACUCUCUGACAACAUGUGCCUAAAGGUGAAGCCGAUAGUGUCUCGGUAUCUGAAGGAGAAGUCGUUGCCGUAUCAGGAGGACAGUUAUCUUUCACGCUUGUGUUUGUUCUUCCAUAAGUAUCAGGAACUGAUGGUCUGGGCUCCUCCCAUCACUGAUUUGGUGGGGAUACAAUGACUGGACUGUCUUCGUUUUUUUGUUGUUUUAUGAACUUUCUCCUGUAGGAGGAGCUUUGUUUUGCGUACAGCCAAUGUAGACAUUCACACAGCAAUGCUAACUCACACCACGAGGACUAGAUCUCACAGCUUCCUCACAGAGCUUCUAAUACCUACAGAUCUACAGCAGUUCAUCUCAAACCCCCACUCUGAACGAGUUCAUCUCAAACCCCCACUCUGAACGAGUUCAUCUCAAACCCCCACUCUGAAUGAGUUUAGCUCAAACCCCCACUCUGAAUGAGUUCAUCUCAAACCUCCACUCUGAACGAGUUCAUCUCAAACCCCCACUCUGAAUGAGUUUAGCUCAAACCCCCACUCUGUAGGAGUUAAUUUCAAAUCCCAAUUACACUGAAAAAAAACAAUAAGUAAAA